AUGGCUUCGGAUAUUCACUGGGGCAAAUUGAUUAAUUCAGACAAGAGCCCAGCCCCACUGCUGGAACAGCUAUGUCUAGGGAUCGCCCAGUUGAUGUCCUCCUUUGAUUCCAACGGCACCACUGAUAUCACCCCAGAGAGACUCGCUACCUUUUACCGCAAAGUCGGUGGAAACUAUGAUCCGUUAUUUCUGGAGACCAAAGCACAAGCCCUAUCAUUCAUCUACCAGUCACUAGGAUGUUUCCACUGCCUCCAACCCUCCGCCAACCCUUACGAACCCCCAUCAAUUCCCUCGUUACUUCCAAAUGGCUUCGUGCGGUGGCAGACUAUACAACUGUUGAUGGACCCAGAUGAACAUUCGGUGUAUUUACAAAAUGCGGUCAGCCUAUGGGAUAUUGCAGAUGCAAAUGGCGAGAUUCUUCCAAAGACAAUCCCCCGAGACGCGUUUCCGUCGGAACCCGACCCAGAGAUGUUGGAAUGGCAUGAAGGGGUGAGUCGUCGAUUGGAGCGGGACUAUUUAAAAAGACACACGAAGCGUGCUUCGUCGCCAGACUUUGGGACAUAUCAUUACCAUUUUAGUGGCAAGGAUCCUCUACCUGAUGAAGAUGAUUAUUUCUCCCGUCCACGCCGGGCAGCAUCAAAGCGUCAUAAUCAUGCAGAGCCCGAUCGACCCAGCGAGCAUCGCCAUCAUCGCCGACACCACAGUGGGGAAUAUCCCGCCUUUGCUGCACGUAGGCCUGGAACAAAUCGACCGGGCUUUUCCACCCCUAGAGUUUCAUCCCCUCCCCCAUGGGGGGAGCGAGAGCAUACCUCCCGUUCGAAUGGACGAGACCAACCUGGUCGCCAUAGCCAUCCACUAAGCCCAGGGACAGGUGAGGUCCCAGACGUCUCCGAUGUGUCUUCAGAUGAACUUGGACGCCACCGCAGGGACCGCGCGAAACCAAAUAGGCCAGAGCGACGUCAUCUGUCACCUCCCUCUACCAGUAAUGCCAGGCGCCAUUCCCACGAAGCCUACACCCGUAGACCAUUUCGAGAUCUCUCGCCCACAAGUCCUAGUCGACAGCGCCACGGGCAAGAAAGCUAUCCUUCACGAUUUAACAGGUCUGAGCCUUCGCCCAAGGUUUAUUCGAGAGAAUAUCCAAGGGACCAUCUGAGAGAGAGGGAUCAUCCCAGAGAUUACCCAAAGGAAAAUCCAAAAGACCGUUCUCGAACACGCACAGGGGGUGUUCAAUUCCACGAGUUCAUGUUUGGCGACCCGGCCCCUGCUCCAGCUGCCCCAGAGCCACCGUUCUACAGGUCAUCAACUCCCCCUCCACCAAGAGCGGUACCGAGACAUCUGGGAGCUUAUGCCGCAGAUGACAUGAGAAGGGGAAGCUACAGUGGCGGCAGUACGGGUAAUAGUCGACCCAGUAGCGGCGGUAGUGGGUCUGAGCGACAGCGCUCAUACAGCAGUGCUGGAUUUCAUCCCCGUUCAACUGGAUGGGCGAGCCCCAGGAGCUCCGCUGCAAAGCGAUAUACCCCGGCGACUGUGCCCGAGUAUGACGGAUACGUUCCCUCGCGAAGGGUCCCCAUUUACGAAUGA